UUUAUUUAUCGUCUGUAUUCUGUAUUGAGUACUAAGUACUUUGUUGUUGUUCGUUAAUCACAUUUCACAAUAUCAUAAUUCAUAUAUUUAUUAUUUCACGGUUGUUUGUCUUAACAGUCUUAAUGAAUUUAUGAAAUAUCUUCCGCUUAUAACAUUCUAAGUGAACGAGUUGAUUCAAAUAUUUGUUUCAUAAAAUAACUUAAAAACCUUAUACAAUGACUACAGCCGCUAGACCUACUUUUGAUCCUGCUAGAGGUGGUCAGGGACGUGGUGAGAAGGAUUUAAGUGCAAUUUCUCGUCAAUAUUCCAGUAGAGAUCUUCCUAGUCAUACAAAAUUAAAAUACAGGGAGCAAGGUCAAGGAACUACAGAAGAGUUACGUUCAAGGGAUUUCCGUAAAGAACUUGAUGAAAGAGAAAAAGAAGUGAAAGGCCUUAAUGCAAGAAGACAAACGGAACCAUCAGUGAAACGGCUAAAAAUUGAUCAAGUGCCAGCUGCCAGCUUAGAUGCUGAUGACCCUCUUGAAGGAGAUUCCACAGAUUCUGAUGACUCGGAUGAUGACACAGCUGCUUUACUAGCUGAACUGAAUAAAAUUAAAAAAGAGCGUGCAAUUGAACAGGCCAAAAAGGAAGCCGAAAAGAAGCAAGAAGAGGAAAGAAUAAGAAUGGAAAACAUAUUGUCCGGCAACCCACUUUUAAACUAUUCUGCCGCAGGACAGAAAAAUGACUUAAAGGUAAAACGCCGAUGGGACGAUGACGUCGUUUUUAAAAAUUGUGCACGUUCCGAACCUGAAAAGAAGGCAAAUUCAUUUAUAAACGACUCCUUACGGUCAGAAUUUCACAAGAAAUUUAUGGAAAAAUACGUGAAAUAAGUAGAAUAAUUGUUGAUUUACCAAGUAUGUAAUGUUGGACACACAAAUUCAUCUAGACGUUCAUUAAAUUUAUCUAUACAUUUCAUUGUGUUCAUAAAAGUUUUCAUAUGUAAAAAUACUGACAUUAAAAUAUAUUACACAUAUUUUGUCA